AUGGAGCGCGACGUGGACAGCAUCCGCCGCGGGUUAGCCACCAUUCCGCAAGAGAUCUAUGAUCAAAUCUACACCGCGGUGUUCACCGCCCCGCGAGGCAUUCGCGACAUGUCCUCACCUUGCGACAAGCCCGCCACCGCGGCCUCCGUCAAGUCCGACUACCAACUCCUCCAUGUCUCCCGAUCAACGCGUGCACUCUAUGCAAGCACCUACUACACGAGCGAGUUUCUCUUUCCCUUUCGGAUCAGGGAUCCUGGCAUCUUCGGAAUCUCAAAAGCCAUGAUCUUUUGGGCUCAACUCCUGCCAAAGGAACAUCAGCUGCUCAUCAACAAGAUCACUGUUCGGAUCGAGGUGCCCAUUUUGAACGACCUCACGAUCGGCCGAGUGAUAAAAGCGGAGGCGAAAGAAACGCUCCGCCGUCAGCUGGACUCUAACAUCGCGGACAAGGUGGAAGUUGAGAUUUUGACACUUGCAGAAAGGACAUCCAAAAUCGAACGUGCCACGUACUAUUUCUUCGCGUUAGAUGAAGAGUUGUGA